ACAGGAGAAGUCCUGAAGCCCGGUUACGCCGAGUUCGCAGUGCUGAUAACGAUUGUUGCACCAUCGCUAAGCGUUAUCUUAUACGGAAUUAUCUUCCUGCUAACAAGAAAACAAAUAAGCCGGAUAAAAAAUGAUCAGCCUGAUGAAACGUCACUACGGAUAUUUACUCAGCGCCAACGUAAACUUACUGCAACAAUGGGUAUCUCAUGUGCUUUCACGCUUUUCUUUUAUGUGCUACCAAUGUGUCUCAAGUAUAUCAUUUUUACGCACAAAUACACGCCAGAACGCUCUCCGGAUUUCGUUCGGAUUGUUGCUGCAAUUAGCUGUAAUCUGAAUCCGUUGACAAAUAUUGCUGCAAUCCUGAUCCGGCACGAGGAUAUUGCAUGCUGCGUAAUGAAAAUAUUCCCAAGAAGCAUUCAAAAAUGCUUUGCACGACAAGAUCGCUUGCCAAGUAUUGCGCAUACUACUACUUUUGCUAAUCGUCGAACACUGAACACGGAAAAGUAG